UCCUUCGAACAACGACGGUCGGUCAUCAUCCGGUCUCGCCUGGGUCGAGGCAAAGCUUCGUCUCGAGACACGGCCGGGGAUGUAUCCGGUUCGCUGGAACCCCGUCGAGUCUUCGGAUUUGGAGGAUUUCCGUCAAUGUAUCUCCCGUCCGUACCUGAGCGACCGUUUUGUUGGCGAGCCGGACUUUUCACUCUUCCUGCACAGCACACAACAGCAGCAGCAGCAGCAGCAGCCGCGAUGAGCCCUCGGAAUUGCCGUUCGCCAGAUCUAACACUUAUUUCGACCUGUCACCAUCGUCGUCGUGAUGUGCGAAAUGCUCCUAACUUGGUGGUUUUAUUCAUUAUCAUCAUCAUCGACGGGGGAGGAUUGUUGAAGGCGGCUUUUCCCGCCGAGCCGUGCCUUGUCCCUCGAGCAGGGGUGUCUCUCACCAGGAUAAAAGACAGGGGUCUCUGUCAUUUGCGCCCCCCGGUCGAUCGAUCGCGCGCCAUAUGGUUGAGAUUGAUUAAUCGGAGAAUUUUAUUUUCUUUCUGCCCUCGAGUACGGGUCCUGCAAGGAUGCUGGAUUCAGGCAGCCGCGGCGGCGGCGAUGGCGGCGAAGGAGCCCCCGAGGAGAGGCCCAGCUGCCGACCAUCUGCCGAAUGCCGAACGGACGAUGAUUUUGCGGGCUUGGUCCUGCGGGCUUCGAAAGGGAACCCUAUGUAGCAGACACUCCAUAGUCGUUAUGGCAUACACGGCACACACCUGUUUCCCUCUUUCACGGGCCUCGGUGUACACACCACUCGACCUCCCGGUCGUUAUAGGGAAAUGCAGCGCCAGGAUCGACAAUGACGGUGCAUUUGUACAUUUAAAAAAAACCUCACGACCUGUCAUGCGCGGAAGAGAAGACCCGGCAUUGCAUCUGUACCUGGGCUCUACAUUGCUUCUGCAUACGGAGCCCACACCAAUGCUUGAUUCGCCUGCAUGGGCCAGAUAGCUAGGAUGCCAGGGUGGGGAUGGAGAGAAGAAGCCGCUGCGACAGCCGUGUCUGUGUUUCCCUCAUUCGGAAAGCUGGCAUGCAUGUGCGCGACGCAUCUCGUUUACUUCAUGUUGUUGUCGCAUUUGCGCCGCGUUCGCUCUGGACACAACAAUUCCGUUGAGGAUGUGAGUAUCGCCCGGGGAAAUUGGUGAGUGCGUCUGUGAGAGGAGAAUUCCACCCUCGUGUCUAUAGUAGGCACCAGGGUAU